AUGAUCAACGGUCAGUCUCUGGUUGGUCUGUCUCAUUCGGAGGCCGUGGCCGUCCUCCGCUCCUCCACUGGACUGGUACAACUGGUGGUCGCUAGCAGGGAGGAGUCCCAGGUGGAUUUCCACCGUUACCCAUCUACCAGCCUGCCAGACCUGGUCAGUACUUCCUCCUCCUCUCCUUCUCCUAGCAACAACAUGGAACCUCGUCACGGCCUGACCUCCAGCAGCCUCUCUCUACCCGCUACGCUGACUGAUCUGGAGAAGCUCGAGGACCGAGGACAGAUGGAGGACCUAAAGGAACCUGUUCUCCCACAUCCAUGA